GGGGUGCCGCUGGGCCUUGCGGGGCCCCGGCCUCACUCGGGCCCGGGCCCUGUCGCGCGCGAUGGAGGCGGAGGGCGGCGCGGCGGAGACAGGCGCGCCUGGCCGGGCGGCGCGGGGCGAGCGCUGCGGCGGCUGCGCCCGCAAGCCUAAGAUCUGCCUGUGCGCCGCGCUCCCGCCCUCAGGCCCCCUGGACAGCAAGACCCGCGUCGCCGUUCUCAUCCACCCUGCGGAGGCCAAGCGCCCCUGCGGCACCGUGCCGCUGCUACGCCUAUGCCUCAAGAACCUGGUGGUCAGGUGUGGCGACGCGUUUCCGGCACCCGAGGAGAAGACCUGGCCCUCCACGCCGCCCUGGCCGAGGGUGGCAACCGAUGCGUCCUGCUCUGCCCCGGGCCCGACGCCGUCGUCCUGCGGCCCCCGCAAGUGGCGUCGGAGGGGGGCGCCGCGGAGCCGGUGCCGCAGGGCGACGUCUCCGAGGACGACGUCGCCGGGAGUGCGCCCGUGACCCUGAUCCUCGUGGACGGGCGCUGGGCGCAGGCCAAGGCGAUGGUGAACCAGUCGCCGUGGCUGCAGACGCUUCCAAGGGCCGUGCUGGCCCCGGCGGAGCAGAGCGCCUACAGGUUCCGCAGGCAGCCCGCGGAGGGCUGCCUGUCCACCCUCGAGGCCGUCGCCGAGGCGCUGCUGGCGCUGGAGGGCGCCCGCGGGCCGCUGCUGAAGGAGUCCCUCCUGGCCCCCUUCCGCGAGAUGGUGCGGCUGCAGGUCGGCUUCCUGCCCGACGCCACCCAGGACACCGGGAACGCGCCCCCCGAGCAGCGGGAACUGCCAGAGUUCCGCGCCGAGGACUUCUUCUCCGCCGACCAGGAGGCGGCCCCCCCGCCUGCGUCGCUCUGCAGCCGCGCCCCGGGCGACUACUGCAUCGUGCGCUGGGGGCAGAGGCGCGCGGACGGGCGCGACGUGAUCGUCGUGCGCUGCAUGCACGCCCCGCUGGACUGCGUGAAGAGGGCCGCGGCCGAUCUCUCCGCCGGCCAGCCGCACGGCAGGCGCUGCUGGGUGCUGACGCCCGGGGGCGUGCCCGCGGGGGCGCGCGCGGACUUGGCCCAGGUGCGCGGCGGCUGAGGGCCCUCGGCGCAGCGGGCCAGCAGGCCGAGCC